UUCGUGAAGACCCUGACGGGCAAGACCAUCACCCUCGAGGUCGAGUCCUCGGACACCAUUGACAAUGUCAAGUCCAAGAUCCAGGACAAGGAGGGCAUUCCCCCGGAUCAGCAGCGACUGAUCUUCGCUGGCAAGCAGCUUGAGGAUGGCCGAACUCUCUCCGACUACAACAUCCAGAAGGAGUCCACCCUGCACCUGGUCCUCCGUCUCCGUGGUGGUAUCAUUGAGCCCUCGCUCAAG